AAUAAAGCAGGAGGAGGGAGAUGGAUGGACUGGGAGGGCGGGGAGCCACGUGGUGUCAUAAAGCCUGGCUAGAGAGAGCCUGUCCAGAGAGUGUCCAGCCAGCGAGCGCCAACAGUCAGAGUGGACCAACAGCCCUUUGGACCCGAAGCAGAAGCUGCAGGGCCAGGGCAUAGGCCAUGCUCCGAGGCACGCCAGGACUAGGCCUCAGGGAACCGAAGCGGAGUGAGGGUUCUGUGGAGGACUUAGGGCGCUCUUGCCCCAAGGCUGGCAGGAAUUUUGGAGCGCUGAAUCGCAGCCUGGAUGAGGCAGAGGAGGCGGCAGACAGAAGGCGCGAGCGGCCCGCCCGGUCCAAGGCACGGCGCAUGGCGGCCAACGUGCGGGAGCGUAAGCGCAUCCUGGAUUACAACGAGGCGUUCGACGCACUGCGCCGGGCGCUGCAGCACGACCUGGGUGGCAAGCGGCUCUCCAAGAUCGCCACGCUGCGCAGGGCCAUACACCGCAUCACUGCGCUCUCCCUGGUCCUGCGUGCCAGCCCGGCGCCCCGCUGGCCCUGCAGUCACCUGGAGUGUCAUGGCCAGGCUGCUCAAGGCUCAGGCGCAGGGGACUCCGGCUUCAGUACUCCUCGGUCCGAGCCGCCGCCCCCAGCGCCUGGUCUCGUGAGCAGGGAUGCCACCAACUCCUUAGUGCCGCCUGCACCGCGCUGCGCUUCGUGCUCCCCGCACGCGCACUUGGGGCGGCCCAGGGUGGUGGCUGAAGGGCCCGGUUUGGCCCAGGCCUCCGGGGGAAGCUGGCGCCGAUGUCCCGGGACUCCCCCUGUUGGAUCGAUUCCGUGGCGGUGGGGCUCCGGGAUGGGCUAUCAGCACUCCUGACUCGCCUUCCCCCCCAGGGAAACCAAGU